AUGCUGCUUUAUACUGCGUUAUUAUUGCUUCUAACUCAGAGGCUAGCCGUCAAGCGAAUCGUCUCUACCUAUCAGCCCCUUACCACAUCUCACGACGAAUGCAACGCGUGGAAUGGACUUGGAUCUGCGUUCCUCACCCUUUGGAGACAGCUUCGAUCAGUCUCCGUGGAACUAGGAACACUAGGAGUGAUUAUAUACCUUGCCUCCUUCACCGUUCUGCAUACAACUACGCCGUCCUUGUUUUCAAUGCAGCCUUUCAAUGACACCAGUCUGACAGUGACCGCAACUGGGAGCAUGCCCACGUUUUUGGGAAAUGUAUCUGACAUCAACGUACUUGUCAAUAUCGUCACGUAUGCUUGGCCAUUGGUUUACGAGCUUUUACCAUUCAUUGCUGUUGCACGUAGUCAGAUGACACCGGGGUUGUUCAACAACACGCUUUAUGAUGUUUUGUCGAAGAACAACGGGGUCGGAGAGGUUCAAACAAAUGCAACCUCCGCCAAUGUGACAUGUGGGUUUCUACCCAAUGCAACUAUUCAGGCCCUUGAGCCUGGACUUGUGAACACGACAACACCGUUUGGCGUUGUGGCUAAUUACUGGGCUGUGGAAGCUGUAUACAACUCGUUUAACAUAUCACUUGCGUUCCCGCAGAUGUUGACUAAUACUGUCAUACAAAUAUCUUCGGCCUGGACUUUGGGGGGAAGCGGCAUCUCAACAAACUGUCCGCAAGGGCGCGACAUCCUAUUUGCUGUCUCAGCCAAUGUCACAGACAGCCAUGGGGCUUUCAAAGGCUCAGUUGAGCUACCUAAUGACUAUCCUCUGAUUUCCUACACAACGCCGUUUCAUGAAAUCAGCCUCAUGGGAUGCACUCUGUCGUGGUCUCAACAGACAGCGCUCGUCAACGCGCAAACUAAUGAGCUAGUCAGCCUAGAGCCCGGUGGCACUAAAUUGUCGUCAAUAUGGAAUCCAUGGGAACCGACCAAGCCAUAUGGUGACUGCGUAUCGGGGGGGUCUAGUGAUCCAAUAAAUUUUAGUCUCGCAGAUCAGCAUGUGGAUUUGUGGGCAGCCAUGAUGAAUGGUGCACCAGAAUGGCGUGGUACCGGCGUAUUUUAUGGGCCAGAAUGGCUGGGUCCCGGCGUAUAUUAUGGGCAAGAAGUAUUUCCGGCGAAUUCCUCCGAGUCUGAACUCCAAGCACCUACCGUUGAUUUUAGGUAUCUCAUGCAGACACUCAAUCUGACUCCUGGUGAGCCUGUUCAGACUACGCUGACUCUAGACCAAUUUGAAAAUGGAUUGGCGAACCUUACAGCAUCAUUAUACUGGGCAGAGUCUAGUUUUCUGCCGAACAUGCGAAGCUACCAAAUCGCCCUACAGGAAAUACAAUCUGAGAACCAGACUCCGAACAUGAAUACCUCUAGCGGGAAUGUGAUCGCUGCUCAAUUGGCAGCACGUUUGAAUCUGAACAUCUUACCACUCUCGAUAGGACUUGCGGCAUCUUUUGUGUUGCUGGUCCUUUCAAUUCCGUUGACCCGUGGCAAAAGAGACAACGACGAUAUUGUACAAUCACUCGGUAUCCUCGACCUUGCUUGGCUCGUCUCAAACCAGUAUGAGUUGCGAGAGACUGUCGGACGUGUGAAGGACCCAACAGUAGAGAAUCUACGAGCUGCAGGCAUGACACCCGUUACUCUUGUCAGGAGGAAGAUCUACGAGGAAAGUGAAUACAUGGGGUUGGACUCGGGUUGA